GAUGCCUUUGUAGCAUUCCAUGUUGACAAAGUACUGGUGAGCAAGUACAUGAAGUCACUGCAGAUUGGGGAGCUGGCACCAGAUCAACCCAGCAUUGAGCCCACUAAAAAUAAAAUGCUGGUGACUGACUUCCGUGAAUUGCGUGAGACCAUUGAGAAAAUGGGACUUCUGAAGCCAAAUCAACUCUUCUUCUUCCUGCACCUCGCUCACAUCCUCCUGUUGGAUACUGCUGCUUGGCUCAUUCUCCUCUACUUUGGGACAUCCUUAAUACCCUUUAUUGUCUCUCUGGUGUUGCUGACCAUUUCCCAGGUCCAGGCUUCAUGGUUACAACAUGAUUUAGGACACCUUUCAGUAUUUAGGAAGACCAAGUGGAACCACUUGCUGCAUAAGUUUGUGAUGUGCCAUUUGAUUGGGGCAUCAGCCAAAUGGUGGACUCUUCUGCACUCCCAGCACCAUGCCAAACCCAACUGCUUCCAGAAAGAUCCUGAUAUUGAUAUGCACCCUUUCUUGUUUACUUUGGGGAAGAAAUUCUCUGUGGAGCUUGGGAUCAAAAAGAAAAAAUACAUGCCAUACAAUCACCAACACAAAUACUUCUUCAUCACUCUUCCUCCGCUCCUGUUUCCCACCUACUUCCACUGCCACACGUUUUAUAUUGCGUACACAAAAAGGUAUUGGGCGGACUUGGCCUGGAUGCUGACCUUCUAUAUCAGAUUCUUUUUUACUUAUGGAUCAUUAUUAGAAAUAAAGAGUCUCCUGGCAUAUUAUUUUAUAUUCAGGAUGCUGGAGAGCAGCUGGUUUGUCUGGGUUUCACAGAUGAGCCAUAUCCCAAUGGAUAUUUACUAUGACAACAAUUUGGACUGGGUGUCUACUCAGCUCCAGGCAACAUGCAAUGUUGAGCAGUCUCUGUUCAAUGACUGGUUUACUGGGCAUCUGAACUUCCAGAUUGAACAUCACCUAUUCCCCACAAUGCCAAGACACAACUACUGGAAGGUGGCUCCGCUGGUGAAGUCCUUGUGUGCCAAACACGGCAUUGAGUACCAGUGUAAGCCGCUGCUCACGGCUUUUGCAGACAUUGUGCACUCUCUGAAGAAUUCAGGAGAGCUCUGGCUUGAUGCCUACCUACACAAAUAA